CCGGCCUGCCCCCUCCCGCCUUCAACGGCGCAGGCGCACUGUCUCUCCUCCGUACCGUCCCGCACAGUGUUUGAACAGGAAGGCGGACAUGUUUGUUGAGGAUUGGUGAGAAGGCAGGAGGAGCCUGAGCUUUCCGUCCGUUUCACCGCCGUGUGUGAACCCGGGAGGAGGAGGGGGAAGAGGGGACAGCGCUGUGUAUGUGGAGGAGACAUGACGGGGCGGCCCGGCGCUGAGCUGUGAGGUGGAGGAGGAGGACCUGUCAUCCGGAGCGCCGCCAUCAUCACCCCGGGGGCUGGGAGUGGAGGGACGGGCCUGUGUGUGUCUAUGUGUCCGGGGGCCCAUGGGGAGGAUGCCGGGGCCCAAUACAGUGCUGUACAGGCGGUGAGGGGAGACGGAGCUCCGCCGCACACCUGAGCCGUCCGCUAGGAGGAGGAGGACGGGAGGAGCCGCUUCUUGUAUCCGGGGGGGACAUCAACACUCAUCAUCAUGUCUACCGGGGAGAGCUUCGACUCUCGCUACACCAAGAUCGACGUCUUGUUACGGGACCCCAAGUCGGAGGUCAACACCGACUGCCUGCUGGAUGGACUGGAUGCUAUGGUAUAUGAUUUAGACUUCCCAGCUAUGCGGAAAAACAAGAAUAUUGACAACUUCCUAAAUAGAUAUAAAGAUACGAUAAGUAAAGUCAGAGAUCUACGUAUGAAAGCGGAAGACUAUGAAGUAGUAAAAGUCAUUGGCAGAGGAGCUUUUGGUGAAGUUCAGUUGGUAAGGCAUAAAUCAUCAAGAAAGGUGUAUGCAAUGAAGCUCCUGAGCAAGCUGGAAAUGAUAAAGCGAUCGGACUCUGCGUUCUUCUGGGAAGAGCGAGACAUUAUGGCAUUUGCCAACAGCCCCUGGGUUGUGCAGCUGUUCUAUGCCUUUCAAGAUAAUCGUUAUCUGUAUAUGGUGAUGGAGUACAUGCCCGGGGGAGAUCUUGUAAAUUUAAUGAGUAACUAUGAUGUUCCAGAGAAAUGGGCACGGUUUUACACAGCUGAAGUGGUUUUAUCACUAGAUGCCAUUCACUCAAUGGGUUUCAUUCACAGGGAUGUGAAGCCUGACAACAUGCUGCUGGACAAGUCUGGUCAUUUAAAACUUGCAGAUUUUGGUACAUGUAUGAAGAUGAAUAAGGAAGGAAUGGUACGAUGUGACACAGCUGUAGGAACUCCUGAUUACAUUUCCCCAGAAGUGUUAAAGUCCCAAGGUGGGGAUGGUUACUAUGGACGAGAAUGUGACUGGUGGUCUGUAGGGGUCUUCUUGUAUGAAAUGCUUGUAGGCGAUACUCCCUUUUAUGCUGAUUCUUUGGUGGGAACGUAUAGUAAGAUUAUGAACCAUAAGAACUCUCUUACAUUUCCAGAAGACAGUGAAAUCUCAAAAGAGGCAAAGAACUUGAUAUGUGCAUUCCUUACUGACAGGGAAACCCGAUUGGGACGGAAUGGUGUGGAGGAAAUUAAAAGGCAUCUUUUCUUCAAGAAUGAUCAGUGGGCGUGGGAGACUCUUCGAGAUGCUGUGGCUCCAGUUGUCCCAGAUUUAACCAGUGACGUUGAUACCAGUAAUUUUGAUGAUUUGGAGGAAGACAAAGGAGACGAAGAAACAUUCCCGAUGCCCAAAGCAUUUGUGGGCAAUCAGCUUCCUUUUGUAGGAUUCACAUACUACAGCAACAGACAGUAUUUAGCUGACCCUGCACAAAAUCCCGAUGACAACAGAUCAAGCUCCAAAGUAGAUAAAAAUUUGGUGGAGAACUUGCAGAAGAGCAUUUAUCAACUGGAAGAACAGCUGCACAAUGAGAUGCAACUGAAAGAUGAAAUGGAGCAAAAGUGCAGGAUGUCGAACAUUAAACUUGACAAGAUAAUGAAGGAACUGGACGAGGAGGGCAAUCAAAGAAAAAACUUGGAAUCGGUCGUGUCUCAGGCUGAAAAGGAAAAAAUGAUGCUUCAACAUCGAUUGAAUGAAUACCAAAGAAAGGCAGAACAGGAGAGUGAGAAGAGGAGGAAUGUGGAAAAUGAAGUGUCUACUUUAAAAGACCAAUUGGAGGAUCUCAAGAAAGUUAGUCAGAAUUCUCAAAUAACAAAUGAAAAAAUAAUUCAAUUGCAAAAGCAGUUGGAUGAAGCCAAUGACUUCCUAAGAGCGGAGUCGGACACAGCAGCUAGGCUGAGAAAAGGUCAAAAUGAGAUGACCAAGACUAUUGCACAACUAGAAGCACUAAACCGGGAACUGCAGGAUAGAUGUCGACUAUUAGAAAGUGCCAAGCUACAAGUGGAAAAAGAUUUCUUUCAGUUACAGGCGGCCUUAGACUCUGAGCGGAGAGACAGAAACCAGGGAUCAGAAAUGAUUGGGGACUUGCAAGCUCGGAUGACAUCGCUACAAGAAGAACUUAAACAUCUCAAACACAAUCUUGAAAGGGCAGAAUUAGACAGGAAAGAGGCAUUGGAUCUCUUAAACCGUUCUGAAAAAGAAAAAAAUAAUUUAGAAAUUGAGUUGAACUACCAACUAAAAACUUUGCAGCAACAGUUGGAUCAGGAGAUGAAUGAACAUAAGGUGACGAAAGCUCGACUGAGUGACAAGCACCAGUCAUUUGAAGAGGAGAAGUCAGUUGCUAUGUGUGAGAUGGAAAUGAAAGUGAAAGCAGAAAGGGCAGCGAAGGAGAAAGCGGAGAACCGAAGAGUGGAGAUAGAGAAACAGUGUUCAAUGCUGGAUUUUGAUUUGAAACAAGCACGUCAAAAAAUAGAGCACCUCAUUCAGCAAAAGGAGAGGCUGGAUGAAGAGGUGAAGCAGUUGACACUGCAAGUUGAGCAAGAGACGAAGAGGAGGAUAACGACGCAGAAUGAGCUGAAGGUGCAUGCGUUUGAAGCUGAUAAUUUGAAGGGAUCAGAGAAACAGUUGAAGCAGGAAAUGAAUACAUUGUUGGAAGCAAAGAGGUUGCUGGAAUUUGAACUUGUUCAGUUAACCAAGCAAUAUAGAGGAAAUGAAGGUCAAAUGAGGGAACUGCAGGAUCAAUUGGAAGCUGAGCAAUAUUUUUCAACGCUGUACAAAACUCAGGUGAAAGAACUGAAAGAGGAGGUUGAAGAAAAGGCAAAGCUAAGUCAGGAUUUGGAGAAGAAAAUGUUUGAUUAUCAUAAUGAGAAAGAAACUCUUGCCGCACAGCUGGACCUGGCAGUUACCAAAGCAGAAUCGGAGCAGCUUGCUCGGGGGCUUCUAGAAGAGCAAUGUUUUGAGCUGUCUCAAGAGAAUAAGAAGCUCUCUUCAAGAGUCAGGCAAGAUGUCAUAGAGAAGGACCAUACUAUCCGCAAGCUGGAAGAAACAAACAAUACAUUAACCAAAGAUGUCCAGACAUUAACAAAAGAAAAUGCUGAUCUGAUUGAGAAGGUUAAAGCACUGGAAGAAGAGUUUAAGCAGAAACAAGAGGAAAUUGGCAGCAUGAAGAUUAUGUAUGACAAGAAUUUAAACACUGAAAGAACACUUAAGACCCAGGCUGUAAAUAAACUGGCAGAAAUUAUGAACAGGAAAGACUUCAAACUGGACAGAAAGAAAGCGAACACGCAAGACUUGAGAAAGAAGGAGAAAGAAAACCGGAAGCUGCAAUUGGAUCUUAAUCAGGAGAAGGAGAAGUUCAAUCAAAUGGUUGUGAAGUCCCAGAAAGAGAUAGAAGAAACGUUAAUGCAACUUACUGAGGAAAGCAACUACAAGAAUGAGCUUCAGAUGCAGCUAGACAGCAAAGAAAGUGACAUUGAACAGCUACGUGCUAGACUGGUAGAGUUACAGCUCCGUAUGGACUCUACAAGUGUUGCCAGUUUGCAGCCAGACGAAGCAGAUGGCAUGAUGGGGGAAUCCGAAUCAAGAAUUGAAGGCUGGCUCUCUAUACCCAACAGAGGGAACAUUAAAAGGCAUGGAUGGAAGAAACAGUAUGUGGUGGUUAGCAGUAAAAAGGUUCUGUUUUACGAAGAUGAGCAGAAUAAAGAACAGUCCAACCCUUCAAUGGUACUAGACAUAGAUAAGCUUUUUCAUGUCCGCCCUGUUACACAAGGAGAUGUUUACAGAGCAAAUACUGAUGAGAUCCCCAAGAUAUUUCAGAUACUCUAUGCCAAUGAAGGGGAAUGCAGGAAAGACCAGGAAUUGGAACCAGUGCAGCAAGCUGAGAAGACCAAUUUCCUCAGCCACAAAGGACACGAGUUCAUCCCAACACUUUACCACUUCCCCGCAAAUUGUGAGGCUUGUUCUAAGCCUUUGUGGCAUGUUUUCAAGCCGCCCCCCGCACUGGAAUGCCGUAGAUGCCAUGUCAAGUGCCAUAAAGACCACUUGGAUAAAAAAGAGGAAGUUAUAGCCCCUUGUAAAGUGAGUUAUGAUGUGACAUCUGCGAGGGAUUUACUUUUAUUGGCCUGCUCUCAGGAUGAUCAGAAAAAAUGGGUGACACAUUUAGUAAAAAAGAUACCUAAAAACCCACCAACAAACUUCGUCCGUGUUUCCCCAAGAACAAUGUCUACUAGGUCAACAAACCAGUCCUUCAGAAAGCCCCCUAAGUCUGGGUCAGGGAAAGCCAGCUAAUCACUGUGAGCCACUGUGUGAGUUCAUGAAGUUGGCCUUCCCUAGGAUAGACUGGUGCAGAGAGCUGCUAUUUCCAUCAAUACCAGUGUUGCAGGCUUCAGGGUUCUUGUGUGCUUCUGUUUUUCCCCUGCUUAGGCAGAAAGCAUGCUAUGAGGGUCUCCUAUUGCGGGUUUGCUGAAAGAUUAGACAAAUUAUUACUAUGUAAUGCAAGUAAAACCAAGCUUAGCAAUGUUUAUUUUCAUAUAUAUAUAUUUAUAUUCAAAUCAAUAUAAAGAUAUUCUUUGGAUAUCUGUGAAAGCCUGUCGGUAUGACGGAAUGCAGCUUAUGCACAUAUGAGGAUUGGAGCAACUACACCUUGUAUGGACAAGCAAAGGAAUAUGUCUCAAAAUGAGAACAGAUGUCCGUAGAUAGUAUCUCCAUCUUCCUGAAGACUGCAGUUCCAGCUUGUUCGAAGCUAAGUGACCACUUGAACUCUAGUGCCUUCACUUUACAGCUCGUGGCAGCCUUACAGCAGAUGCGGGCAAAGAGAUCCUGUUCUAUGCUUUGCAGAAUAUAUUAGUUAUUCCUCAAGGUGAAAGGUCAAGAUAUUUGUUUUAACUAUGCAUUUUAUUUUAUUAUUUUUUUUAAAUUUCAUCUUGUUUUGCCAAGCCAUAUUGAAUUGUGUUAGUACAUAGAGGCAUUAGAAACUAACAGUACAAAACCCAAGUUUUACAUGUGUGUUUAUUUUGUAUUGUAUUGCCUUACAGUUUUUAAAGAACGUUAAGUUAACGGACAUAUAAAAUAUGUAUGCACUGUGUGAACUUGUAAAUUAUUGUUAGAACACUUUUUUUUUUUUUUUUAUUGGAUAUGGCUUUGUUCUUUUUAGUGCCUUAUUUCAGUCGUUUUACUGCCAUGUUUAAAGGGUCUGGGCACAAAAUGUAGUUUCCUGAAAGUGAAACCAUUAUUAUAUGCAGGUUUUAGCUGCCUCCACGUUACAUUUCCACUAGAAGAGGGAGAUUGGGAGACCAGAAAAAGGGAGCAAGUAACCCUUACACUGAGAUUACAUAUAUGCUUGUACAAUCCAUGUGAUCACCAAUGGGUUGUAAGACAUUCCAUGCUGGUUUGCAUAAGGGCUGCAUGGAUCGAUUCAGAGACAGCACAGAAAAUCCAAGCUAGAGAUACUCAAACUGUAACAUAAUCUUGCAGGUCACUUGGCCUAAAAUUAUUUGGAGGUAGAGGUUGGGUUGGUGUGUUGUGGAGUACAUUAAAAUCACCAAUUUUAUAUCUAAAAGAUACUGUAGGUAUUCUCUGUAUGAAGUUAGGAGUCGCUUUACUAGCCAAACGUCCCAUGUGACUGUGUAGACGCAUAAGAAAUAACUAAAUUCCAGAUGCCCAUUUUACAUUCCUUGUGUCCCUAAAAGUUCCAGGGUUUUAAACAGCUGAUAUGCUCCAUAUUGGAACACAUUAGCGUUUUAGUCAUCCAAUAAACUUUUAUAUGGCUUUUGCCGCUUUGUAAGUUCCCUAGUUGGCUCCGCCAUCUGUCUGGUAAAAGAGCUCUGAAGGUAGAUCUUGAGCAGGCCUGACGAGAACGGGUGGCCUUUUAUUUUCCUGUUUGUUGGUUACAUGCUAAUGCCCAUUUCUAACUAGGUAUGUAACCACAGCUGUUUGGAAGAGAUCUUCUGUAGACCGUUGCUUUUUUUAUAAUUUUUUUAUUUUUUUGCCCAAUAAAAUUGUAUAAGACGUAUCAUGUGAUUCCUGUACAAUCACUGAUCUAAACUACCUAAUAAGGUUUGUGUUUUAAAUUAUGCUGAGCAUAUGUGCAGUUGAAAGCAUUAAAAUGUAAAAGGAUAAAAAAAAAAAAGGUUCACAUUUUUAUAAAUUCUUGAUAAUAUAGGGAUUCUAAUAUAAAUGUCUCUGCUUAAUAGCAGAAACAAAUUUAAGGUAUGGGCAAUAAUGGUUUAUUUUUGUUUGUUUUUUUACCGAAUACCUCUUCAGUAAUUUAUAAUGGCUUUGCAGUUUAUAUGUAUUAAAAAUAGAAAAAAAAGCACUGGAAAACUGGUUCUUCUGAAGGCAAUUUGCAUGUUUCAAGUGGUAUUGAAAUCCGCACUGAUGGAUAUGUCAUAAUAAACAUAUCUGUUAUUAAUAUGCUAAUGACCGUGUGAUCAUUUGAAAAAAAAAAAUAAAACCUAUUUAUAGAAA